AUGGCAGAGUCCCCGAGAGAACGAGCGACUUUCUCAGUGCUUUGCUCAGGUCGUCCCAAUCCCUUUCACGGCACCUCAGAAGAGUCUCCUUCCCGAAAGCGACAGAGAGUAACUUUCCAUAACUUACGAAGCAAUCUGACACAUCAGUCUACAAGCUCUGAUAAUUCUACGGGCUCUGUAGUAAAGUUCGAGGAGGACGCGUGGUCUGAAUCAAAUUCAAUCCCCUCGACACCUCUAGAGGAAGCAACAGUUCACGACACCGACCACAGAAAAAUGGACCACCCAGUAAAAUCUCUACCGCCCUCCCCCUCAAUUAUGCCCACCAAAGGGUUUCAUGAAAUAUCUGAUAAUGAUAACGGCGUGGACUUCGACGCAGAGUCUGAAGCAGGAAUAUCUUUUAUGGUUCCAGCAAUGGAAACAACGUCAAAUACACACUCGCUCGUUUCCAGUCCACACGUUGAGCUAUUACCAGUUGAAGAUAACGGCUAUCUCAACACCGAUCCUCCAAUAGCUCUUAUAGAAGAGCCAGAUGAUGACGACGAUGAGAUAAUCUUCCAGGAUAUAUUUGUUAAAUUUCCUUAUCAAGCCGAAGAUGAAACCCUCCUCUACACACUAAACAGGCUUGUAAGAUUUUUUCAGUUCGAUGAGAUAGUAACCGAAGAAGCCUUCCUUAAACUUCGUGAUUGGAUCGACUCGUACCUACUUGCGGUCACUAGCAGUGAUCAAUUUUAUGACUUUUAUGUCAAUAACCGCGAGUUCUGGACCUCUUUACCAGAAGUGAUAUGGGCACUAAGCCAUCGUCAGAAAUACUUUGGGGAGUUUCUCCGUAAGAGCAUAGAUGGUCGUCAAACGUUGACUGAAAUGUUUUGUCAAUUCGGACGACUUACUGCACGAUUUUUAACUAUGGACGUUAGGAGCCUCGACUCUUUGACUCGAGGCGCUGAUAUAGAGCCUGAUUUGGGGUCACAGUCAUACUUGCAUGCGCUUAGUCAUCUUCUCAGGAAAGAUGAAAGUCCCCAUAUUGGAAAGAAUCUUGAAGUUCAUUAUCAGUGGAAUUUUGACGAAGAUAUCGCUCAAAUUUGUGAUAAUUUUCAAAUAGAGGGUGGAAGUAUCCCGGCCUUAACAAAACUUGUUGAUAAUCAGCUUCGCUUGCUACCAUGUACAUCAAAAGUCGUAGAAUAUCUCACCUCACCAUGUCGAAUAGCUGAAGCUAUAAUCCGAAAUGCCACCAGUAUUCUCGAUGAGAGAGACUAUACACCACAACAGCUCAUUGCAGUCUCAGAGAAAUGUAUAAGCCAAGGCUAUGAGUUUUUUCUCUCCGUUUCCGCAAGUCUAGAGGUGAUCAUCGAAAAAAAUAUAACAAGCCUCUCGCCAGAUGCCGCUAUUGCCUACAUCAGUUGUCUCUCAUAUAUAUUCAGAUCUUCUCUAAAUAUUAACAACAGUAGAUCACAAAAUAUAUUUAAGAAGCGGGCAAACAAACUUGUAAAAAUCCGUCCUCAGGAUUACUCAACUGUUAUUUCCUUGGAAUGGAAAUUUGGUAUUCUCAAAAAGCUUAUAACAUCAGCACAAAUGCAGCUACGUGUGGUCGGGGUGACAACAAUGUGCUCCGAAUUAUUGCAGCUACACCAUUCCAGUAAGAACGUAGACAUGGAGACCUAUUCUACCCUAAUUUACUUUGCCGAAUACAUCCUUGAGCACAAGCUUGUUGAUUACAUUGUCGGUGUCGGAUCCCAUCCUGAGAUUAUUCAUGAGAGUGGUAAUAUACUGGGGUUUUUGAUUGUAACAAAAACAUAUAAACCUCAACUUACUGACACGAUUUGGCAAACAGUUAUUAGCUGUCAAGACCAGAGAGUAGUCGAUGCUAUUUUAAGAAUGAUGACUCAUUGUCACAACCUAUAUGACGAGGAAAAUCUUCUUCAUCUUAGCAGAAAAAUCUCCUGUGUCCCUCUCGAAGAUUUUACACCAGCCAUGCGUGAAUUAUCUCAAGCUCUUUUUAAGCAAUUAGUAACAAAAGGAGUCCCUGAUAGUAUUGUCACCACUCUACCGCAUCGAUUAUGCGAACGACUCUUACGCGAAUCUUCUAAUGUUUCAGCUGAAACUAUUGUUAGCUUCUCGGAAAUCCAAGUUUGGGCUGAAAGUCGAUUUCGGGAGCUACUUGUGAACGGACUUUCACGAAAAGAUAGGCAGGAAAUAUACCAAGAAUGUAUAUCAGAUAUCUCUUUGAAGUCAUCCACUACACUUGGAAGUCUUAGCAUAUUAAAUAUUCUUCUGUCACGAGAUAAGGGCCAUGAUACAAUAAAUCUGACGACGGAAUUUGGCUUGACCAAGUUGCUGGUUGAUGAAUUAGAAUCAGUUGCUUUCGGUGAAAAUUCUUUCACACUACAGCUCUUAAGAGGUACACCCGCAGGACUAGCCAGCCGUAAUUUACUCUUACGCAUCAUCAAGGUGGCACCCGACACUUUAACACCCGAACUUGGAGAAAGGCUUUGGAAAGUCCUUGUAGGCAGUCACUCUCGAUCCCUUGCUGAAAGAAAUAUCUGGUGGCAAACUUUAAAUACUGCUGUAGAGCAGUCGCGGGGCGACAACAAAUUUCUAACUAGGUGUUUUGAAGAAUACCUUCCAAAUCUUUCGUCAUUAUAUUUCACAUCUGGCGCGCUGGAAUUCGCACGGGAAGCUGUCUUAAAUUGGUUAGAUAAAUUCCAGCUUGAUUCCUCCGAAGAAAUAGCUAAUUUUGAAUCACCUGCCCUCGAGCAAAUCUGGCGUAUGAUCCUAACAGCCUCCUCAAAUACAAUCGAUGGAGCAGCUAUCAGCAUUCUUGUUGAAACUUAUCUUAAAAGUGAUUUCAUACUAUCUGUCUCACAAAUGAAGGCACAGACUAUUCAUUUGGCGUUGGUAAAUAGAUGUCUACGACAGCUUAAAAAUGCAGCUUCCAAACUAAAGAACUCCAGUUUGCACUCGUGUGAAAUUUCCGAGAACACGACUAUUGUAUCAGAAAAUCAAUUUCAGGAACAGGAGAGGAUUUUCGUUAGAUCGCUUGCUGUAUUACGAGAAUUCUUACGAGGAUAUCACACAAGCAAACCAUAUUCUACUACGCCAAAGGCCAUGUCACUACUUCCCGCUACCGAUAUGGAUAAAACAGAGGGUAAUCAAAUAAUAAUAAAGUAUCAGUCAUUCGAUGAAGAUAAGCAUUCUGAAAUCAAAAACUUGGUUUUUGGUCACCUUAACACAGCAGCGUCGCUACUUACAACUCUGCAAAAAACAACUGGAUUCAAGAAUUACAAAAUAUAUUGUAAUGGUCGAGAAUUCGAUCCUGACGAGCAAGAGAUUUGCAAGUCUAUUUCAGAGUUAAAUCUGAAGGGACUCCUACUGGUAAAGCGCUGCUAUGACCCAGAAGACUCCCCAUCAGGAACAUCUACGAGCAAUAAAAUGAUAUUGGAGUCUGAGAUAAUCAAACAAUUUGAAGACUUGUGGAGCUACCUCGGGAUGCAUGACAAAGUUGCUAAAGAAAUUUAUUAUUUCUUAAAGACUCUACCAGUUUACGAUCGAUUGUUAAAUAAUUUUAGAACAAAUACCCCAUACAGUGAAAUUUUCCCUUCGGGCCAACCCUUUAAAUCUUUGUAUGCAAUCCAUGGCCUCCAUGAAUACAACAGCUCUAGACAGCCAAAGAAAGGAGCGGCUGCCGAGGUUGCAUCAUCCAGGGCCGUUUCCUUGAUAAUAGCAGCAAUUUCAGAUCCAGCUGUUCUUGACGGAUGUGAGAACACUGAAGUAAGGGACUCCUUAGCCUUACAACUAAUCGAUUGCCUUCUACUAUUACUUAAGGAACCAUUACCAGCAUCUCCAAAUUCAUUCCUAAAUGAAAACUUGUUAAAGCAUCUUUUGCGGCUGCUUGAACUCGCAAAAGGAUCGCAAGCCCCCAAAUCCCACCAUCUUAUAUCAAUGUCAUUUGAAGCAAUAAUUGAGUCUUCGAUAUAUAGCGUCGAACUUUGGGAUAAAUCUUUGCAGCACUUCAAAGAAACAACACUACUCAGAGAAUUGCUUUUAGAUAGUCCAAGAACCGUCAUAAGGAAAAGUAUAGCUAAAACAAUCACAGAAAAAUGUACAAACUAUACGAGCAGCCUCGCUCAAGUCUCCUCUAGUACACUUGUUAUGGGAUUCUGGUCGAUAAUCUCCUCACUUAUAUCUGACGCGAUGAUUCAAACCCAGCAAUGCGAGCAAGUUCUAGCCGUCUCAUACACAUUGUUCAAAAAACUAACAAGUUCUUCGUCAUCAUCUCUACAAAUUGAAGAUCUAAUUCUGGUUUGGGGUGGACUAUUGAUUUCCCAUACCCCCAACGAAAAUGUUGGCGAGCCAGAAAGUGUCGACGUGGCCGCACAAGGUUUGGGGAAUCUUCUUCAUUACGCGGCUUUAGUUGCCAAAUCAUCUAAGGUUUCUUUAACAUGUAGUCAUAUAGGCACAAAGCUAUUCCGAAAGUACCUUUUUCCGGUGCUUUCUGACCCCAGAGAAGGCCUUGUGAUACCAAAGGUUCCACUUCUUAACCCGAAGACCCGAAGUACAAUGGCGGAAGCAAUUUUUAUCCUUAUCAAAGAUGAUCACGUUCAAUAUCCGGAGGUAUUACUAAUUAUGGAAUCACUUUCUCCUUACGCACCAAACCAGGAAGGGUCUCCUUACUCUCAUGAUCUUGGAUUUCUCUUCGAACGGAAUAACUCUCUGAGAUCAAAAACCGGCUACGUUGGACUGAGAAACCUUUCUAAUACAUGUUAUCUCAAUUCUCUAUUGACCCAAUUGUACAUGAAUAUUCCAUUUAGAUCAUUUAUGUUUUCAACUCUCGUAUCCGAUGCUAGCGGCUCUCAAAGACUCCUCUCCGAAACCCAAAGUCUAUUCAGCUACAUGCAAAAUAGUUUCAGUAGCUUUGUUGACCCAACCGACCUUGCCAGUUCCAUUCAAACCUACGAAGAAACUCAGAUUGAUGUAACGGUGCAAAUGGAUGUGGACGAAUUUUAUAAUCUCCUCUUUGAUAGAUGGGAGAGUCAAAUAUAUGCACCCCAAGCAAAACAGACACUAAGAUCAUUCUAUGGUGGACAGCUAGUACAGCAAGUUAAAUCCAAGGAAUGUCCCCAUGUUUCAGAACUUCUGGAACCUUUUUCAGCAAUACAAUGUGACAUAAAAGGGAAAUCUUGCCUGCAGGAAAGCCUACAAGCAUAUGUAGACGGCGAGGUAAUGGAAGGAGACAACAAAUAUAAAUGUACGACGUGUGAUAGGCAUGUUGAUGCUGUGAAACGGGCCUGCUUGAAAGAAAUUCCGGAUAAUCUAAUCUUUCAUUUAAAAAGAUUUGACUUCAAUCUGCGAACUCUACAGCGCAGUAAAAUUAAUGAUCACUUUUCAUUUCCAGACAAGAUUGAUAUGAGAUCCUACAAGGUUGAGUAUCUUAUGGAAGAUCCAGAGGAAAUUCCUGAGGAUAUGUUCGAGCUCGUCGGGAUCUUGGUACAUUCAGGCACUGCUGAGUCGGGCCAUUAUUACUCAUACAUUCGUGAAAGACUCUCAAAUGGUCAACAAGAUAAGUGGAUCGAAUUUAAUGAUGAAUGCGUCAGUCACUGGGAUUCAGCGUGCAUGGAAGGAAGCUGUUUUGGAGGACCAGACUUUCGUGGUCAGCACGAUAGUGGCGAUGUCUUUUAUGACAAGACUUGGAGCGCUUACAUGCUAUUUUAUCAACGGUGCUCCAACACAACAUCGCCAAGUAACUCUUGUGAACUUCCAACUCCAAUUCGUCUUCCGGUUCCGAAACAACUCUCAAACCGUAUAGCGAUGGAGAAUGAGUUGUUGCUGCGGAAGUACUGCUUGUAUGACCCUUCUUACUCAUCAUUUACGCUAAAGAUGCUUCAAAAUACGAAGCAGAUAACCGGAGGUUGCGGCGUCACAGACUCUCAUCGCCUUGAGAAACUAGCUCUUAGAGUUUCGUUGAAUCAUUUGGAUCAGGUAGUCUCCCGUAAUAAGGAUCUGCCUGACUUUCCAACAUAUAUCGUCCAGCUGGGGCAACAAUUCCGCGCCUGCGCAGAAUGUAGCCGUGAAUUUUUGGAAUGGAUUAGUGAGUGCUAUGAAGCACUUCGCCAAUUGUUGAUGAAGAAUCCAGAGCAGGUUGUACGGAACGAAGUUGCGUCCCUAAUCUUUUUAGCACUGAAUAAGGUCAAGAAUGAUGCACCUAAUGCUUACGGCCUUCUGGAUAUAAAUGAUAGUGAUGACGAACCGGAAUCUACCCAACCAGAAAUUCUUGAACACACUAUAGCAGCCCUCAGUAGCCUGUAUGAUAUCUUCCAUACAAGUUUGCGUGCGUGGCCCGAAUACUUUGGACUGCUGAGUAGCAUUGCGAGAAUGGGCACACCUGAAGCUGCUUGUUUGGUAAUCAAAGGCUUCCUCAACAAAACCUUAGAUAUUAUUACUGCCGACCCUAAUCUUCCACUUUCAACACAGUACAUUAAGUUGUUGAAUACGAUAUCCAAGCGAAGUAAUGCUAGGCCAAUAGCCUACGAAGCAGUCAUCAGUCUUCUAUGGCACUUAAUGCGGAUAUGCGAUGCAUCGCUAAAUCCUGUUGAAGAACGCGAAGAAUGUUUAUAUAUUGCACUAAAUGAUCAGCCGAUACCUUUCACUGUUAAUGAACGGAACUCCCUUGUGCAAUACUGGACUCGAACCAACUCCAAUAUAUUCGUUGGUAAACUUCUUCAGCUUAAUCAGAAUGAAAGGGCUACAAGAGCAAUAAUCACAGAGUUGCUGAGAUGGGAUGAUGAUAUAGACAUUCAGGUCCGACACGCUAUUAUGGGAGGGAUACGGCAUGUCUCUUCUUCAUAUCCAUGCCGGCCGUUCUUAAUGGCAGCUAGCACCUAUUGUGAACACUCAAAGGAUACGCAUGGAAUACAGUUAAUAAUAGCACACGUUUCAAGAACUGCAUCUCUUCUAGAAAAUUUGGAGGGUAGCCAUUUUCUUCAAUUUUUUAAAGAAAUCCUGUCAAUCGAAUAUUUUCAAUCAGAUAUCUCGUCUGAGGAGCUGUACGAAUUCAUACUAGAUCAGAUACCUACUUGGGCUCCAUGUAUGCUCACCUUAGACGAUGGUAAUGUCAGGCAGCAAGCCGAAGAGUUAAUUCACGAAUAUCUCAUAGUGCCACUGGCACGAGAAGAAGAAAACAAUACUCCCUCCGACUCAGAGUACCUUCUAAGCGACAAGAAGGCUGAAAAAAUCAGGCUCUUAAGACAGCUAUCUCAGAAAUUGGCAAUGAGCUGUCUUGAAUAUUUGGUGGAUAAUUAUAUUCGUCCACGUCAGACUGUGAUUCGUGCAAAUUUAGUUAACAUUCAAGCUGUAAUUGAAGCUUGCGAGAACAUAUUUGAUCAGGAUCCAAAUAUGUGUCUACAAUACUAUGAGCAGCGGAUAGUGACUAUCGAUGCACUUAAAAAGUUGGCAGUUGAAGAAAUAGAUGCAGAGGUAUCAGCAGAUUGGAAUAAUUCCGAUGGAGAGUAUGAUGGCUCAUCAGAACCCAUGGAUAGUAAUGCCGAAAAUAGUGGUGGUUUGGUAGAUGAGGACCAGCUUUGA